AGAAGGGCAAUAAGCGGAUGGUGAAGGGCAAUAAGCGAAUUGUUUGGGCACAGAAGGAAAGGACUGCCUGAGAGCGCCCAGCAAUUGGCGGCAGGAGGGGCGUGUGUCAGUCGAAGCAGAGUCAAACCCCUUAGCUAUACAACCCACAUGUGCAACUGAGACUUUAUCCUGGGCCAAGAGUAAACGUGGGAGGUAGACGUCUCCCGUUGCGCACGGCCCGCUUGACCCGGAAACAAAAUCUUUUAAACUACGAUUCACACUGAAGGAGCGGGAGGAAUUGACGUGUCGGGAAGCCUGGUCGGCUUCUCUUGUUGCUAAGCGACGAAGCGGGAGAGCGAGCGCACGCACGGGCAGCUGGUGAUACCUGAGGAAUCUGGCGGCUGCAGUUCUGAGACGCUGAAGACGGAGCAGCGCGCCGCCCCUUCCCGGGUCCUCCUUUAUUCAGGGGACCAUCCCAGGUUGUGUCCGGUGAAGAGGUGAGCGGUUUGCGGCGACCCCCCUCUGAGGAGGGCGAGGCCACGCGUCUUACUCAGGAGGCAGGGUGCUUGGUUUCCAUGUGGUGAAGCAGUUUUGAAGAUUUCAUAGCUUCGUUGGAUAGCUGGUCACCACAUAUUACACAAAGUGGUCUUGGAGAAUGUGAAUCACCUUGCAAUGGACCCAUGAUUUAAGACAGAGAUUCCUUCUGCCAUCAGAUGUCUUUCUGCUUGACUGAAUUGCACCUGUGGUCUUUGAAGAAUACCUUACACAUUGCGGAUAGAGAUAUCGGGAUAUACCAGUAUUAUGACAAGAAAGAGCCACCAGCGACAGAACAUGGUAACUUAGAAGAAAAGCAGAAGCUGGCAGAAUCACGAAAUUAUCCAUGGACACUCAAAAACAGACGCCCAGAAAAACUUCGAGACUCUCUCAAGGAGUUGGAGGAGUUGAUGCAAAACAGUCAGUGUGUGCUGAGCAAAUGGAAGAACAAAUAUGUCUGUCAGCUCCUCUUUGGUUCAGGUGUGCUGGUGUCCCUAAGCCUUUCUGGGCCGCAGCUGGAGAAAGUGAUGAUUGACAGGAGCCUGGUGGGGAAGCUCAUCUCAGACUCCAUCAGUGAUGCUCUUCUCACAGACAGCUUUAUCAUCUUAUCAUUUUUGGCACAAAACAAACUAUGUUUUAUUCAGUUUACCAAGAAGAUGGAUUCUCCUGAUGUAAACAAAAGAUUGGAAAAACUCUCAGCCUUGGAUUAUAAGAUUUCCUAUUACGAAAUACCUGGCCCAGUAAACAGGACAACAGAGCGUCAUCUAGCUAUCAAUUGUGCUCAGGAUAUAGUUGUUUGCUGGUGGCCACUGGUCAGUGAUGAUGCUUGGCCUUGGGCCCCCAUUUCUUCUGAGAAAGACAGAGCCAAUCUGCUGCUCCUGGGUUAUACUCAAGGAAGAUUGGAGGUUCUGAGUUCUAUCCGCACAGAGUGGGAUCCACUGGAUGUUCGCUUUGGCACCAAACAGACUUACCAGGUGCUGACAGUGGAGCGCUCCGUCAGUGUAGACAAAGAGCCCAUGGCUGAUAGCUGCAUCUAUGAAUGUGUUCGGAACAAAAUCCAGUGUGUUUCAGUCACCAGAAUACCACUAAGAUCGAAGGCCAUUAGUUGCUGCAGGAAUGUUCCUGAAGACAAACUAAUUCUGGGCUGUGAAGAUUCUUCAGUAAUUCUUUAUGAAACUCACCGAAGAGUGACUCUCUUAGCCCAGGCUGAACUUUUGCCUUCAUUAAUAAGCUGCCACCCAAGUGGUGCCAUUCUGCUGGUUGGCAGCAACCAAGGAGAGCUACAAAUUUUUGAUAUGGCUCUAUCCCCUAUUAACAUCCAGCUCUUGGCUGAAGACCGGGCACCCAGGGAGACUUUGCAAUUCAAUAAAUUCUUUGAUGUUUCCAGCAGUCUUGUUCAAAUGCAGUGGGUAGCUCCACAGGUUGUUUCUCAGAAGCCUGAAAGUGGGAACAUCUAUGAUCUCCUCUUCCUGAGGUUUGACAGAGGACCUUUGGGUGUACUUUUGUUUAAACUUGGCAUCUUCACGCGAGGACAGCUGGGCCUGGCAGAGAUCAUCUUCCAGUACAUUCACUGUGAUGAGAUCUAUGAGGCGAUAAACAUACUAAGCAGUAUGAAUUGGGACACUUUGGGCCACCAGUGUUUCAUCAGCAUGAGUGCCAUUGUAAACUAUCUUCUUAGACAAAAGCUCACUCCAGAGAGAGAAGCACAGCUUGAGGCAAGCCUUGGAACCUUCUAUGCUCCAACAAGACCACUCCUGGAUACAACCAUAUUGGAAUAUAGAGAACAAAUCAGCAAAUAUGCAAGGAGAUUCUUCCACCACUUGCUCAGGUACCAGAGAUUUGAAAAGGCAUUUCUGUUAGCUGUUGACAUUGGUGCUCGUGACCUUUUUAUGGACAUUCAUUAUCUUGCACUAGAUAAGGGGGAAUUGGCACUAGCUGAAGUGGCAAGAAAAAGAGCUAGCGACAUUGAUGCAGAAUCAAUAACCUCUGGAGUUGAACUCCUGGGGCCUUUGGACAGAGGAGAUAUGCUAAAUGAAGCUUUUGUUGGACUAUCUUUAACACCUCAAGGAGAAGACACAUUUCCAGAUAACUUCUCUCCCUUUUGUUCAAUCUACAGACAUAUUAUUCAACAAAGAACAGUGAAUGUCUCUUCUAAAAGACAAGUAUUUGACAGAAGAAAUGAACUUGAAAAAGACAUCUGUGCUGAAUCUUUGAUGGGUAAGACCUUUAAUAAAAAAGAAGGAGAAAUGAAAGAAGACUGCAUAGGACAGGAAAUUGGAGAUAGCGGUUCUCUCAGAAUGGUUCACUUUGGUUUGGUAUAAAUAAUAAGAAACUUAUGUUUUAUUUAAAAAAAGAAACCUGCAUUUUUCACAUCUAAACUCUUUCAUGGCCUGAUACUAAAAUCUCCCUGUAUGAAUUUUAAAAAGGAAAUGAAUUAGUUAUGAAUUAGUUGAGUUUUAAAUUCAAAAUGUUUUCAAAGGACUUAAAUAAACUAAGUUUUAUUAGUUUCAAAAACAUGCAGCAUAAUAGCAAAAUAAUCCUAAGUAAAAGUUCUUAAUUUAUGUAAUGCAAUAAUAUAAAAUUUUGGAAGGUUUUUAAAUUGCUUUAAAAGUAGAAUAAGCAUGCUUAUUCCCAGUAUUUUAAACAUUUCCUCUUGUGAUCUUGUUUACAUUAUUAAUUUGCAUUAUGAAUAAAUUAUUAAGCAAAAAUUUCAGCCCAUUAUUGGGAGACAAUUUUCCAAGGAUCUCCUGAAUUACUGCUGUAAGGCAAUGACUCCCCCUUGGAACAAGAUACUAUCUCCCUCUGGAGCAAAAGAGAGACAUGCUUACUGCCCAUUAUAAAAGAUCCAAGUUCCCUAAGCUCAGAGUUCCUAUCCUUUCCUCAGCCCACUGACUGUGAAGAUAUCAUCUAGCCCUCUUUACAUCACUUGGUGGGAAUGGGGCUCAAGGAAUCGAUGCUCCUCCCCUGCAACAAAAACAGUUGAUACUCUAGGUACUAUUACUGUGAGUAAUAAACUGUCCUUUAUUUCUAACCCAGGAGUCUCAUGUCUUAUAUCAGCAUGAAACUCUAGUUUGAUAACCUGUUAGCUUGCAACUAGGGUAAAAAUCCUAGAUCCUUCAAAGUUCUUGAUACCCAUUCAUUAGUAGAUAGUAUAUAUUUUACGAACAUAAAUGCCUACAAUAAUAAACAUCUUUUUCAAGUAUUGUACAUGAGGUAAAUUAUAUAUUUAAAUCUUAUAGUUAAAAGUUAAUUAGAUUGAAGGCUUUUACAUUGCAGGUUAUUCUCCCUACUUCCUAUUCAUCUGUACCUCUACGAGAUGUAUGUCAAAGAAAGGAGGUAAAAUUCAAUUUUUCAAUUUGCUACUGCUGUGGCAAAGUUUUAAUAAUGCAUAAUAUAUGAGCCAUAUUAAAAAGAGAUGCAGAGUUACCAGCAAAUUUUAAUUUUACAAUUCUCAUCCUUAUUUAUUAUAUUAAUCGAGUUAACUAAUUUGUAAAGAAAAAAAUGUAUUGGAAAGAGCUGGUUUUUGUCAAGAUGGCAAUAUUUUCUCCAGAUUUUCUAGGAGUCAUUGUUCAAAAACACAAACCACAUUUCCUAAUCUACCAUACCCUUUUUUUUAUUUGACCACUGUCUUCUACAACUAGGUAAGAAACUAAUAGAAAAGUUCAGUACUAUUUCUAAGUCCUUUUAUCUAUGCUAAAAAGUAAAACUUAAAUAUUAAGAUAAAAUAUGAAUAGAAAUAAAACUAUUUUGUUCUAUAUAAUGAUGAUGAUAAGCCUAGGGGACAAAUAAAUAAAACUUAGUUCUUAGGUAAAUUGCCCAUUUUCCCCACUUCGCAUCCCUCAGGAAAAACUAACUCAAAUAUAUAGAAAACCAAGUUUUGAUAAUAAUAAAAAUAUAUCAUCCAUGCGCUCUUUGACAAUGUUCAUGAUUUAUAAAUGCUGUUUUCCAAAUGUUGUGAACCUAGAGGUGUUUAUUAAUUAAAUGUUCCAAUAAAUUGA